AUGAUGCUUCCAAUAUCGACUGGCAGGCUUGAACUGCGGUAGGUUCAUCGGUCACAUUCGAUCAUCAGUUGCAAGAGUUAGCCUCAGAAAAACGAUUCUGCCAGAACUUAACAUUCAGGAGACGUGUUAAGGGAAGACAACGUUACGAUUGUCUAGAUCUCGCGUUAAUCGAAGAGGAGGGGAGCGCGCUGCAUCUAUGAGACCUCUUACGAAUGGGUUCUAGUGACCGUAUUGUAGUACACUUAGCCUAGUUCAAGUUCUCCCAGCAGAAAUCACCCGAUGAGUGGGAUACAAAUAUUUGAAAAGAUUUACCAGCAUGAGAAGUAAUAUCGUGAUAACAAUAUCGCGUGAAUCAGUUGACGAAUAGUGAAGCACUGCCAGCUCGUUGACGAAAACAUUUUCGACCUAGACUGCUCACUCAGAUUUAAAAAAAUAAACCGUCCUAUGUAGAUACGCCGGCAACUUAAAACAGCUUUGAAGAGAGAAGAAUAGGCACUAGACGUGCUUUCGACCAACCCUGACUAACGAACACACACGACUGCAUACGCAAUUACAAAGCAUACGACGACCUGAUUCCGCCCCUGAGGCCCCAAAACGAAGCAUUGCAGUCGAGGACCAAAUGAAAUCAUAAGUCACCCACGAAUUUCUUACAGUGGGUUUUCACUCGGAAAGCCAAUCCCGUUCCUCUUAUUAAACCAAAAGAGUAACUACGUCGUUCGGACUGGCAGAUAAUCGUUCUGUUGCCUGCAGCAAUCGAGACAGAAUAGCUCCGGUAGUCGGAAUUCACGUCAUGUUUUGAAAUUCCGUGGGCUAAUGUAUACUAGUUGUCUGCAGCAUAAUAGCUGUCUCGAGGUCCUUAUUUACCACGCCUCCGAGUGCCGCAUCAAGGCAAGCCAACUUAACAGCUAGUUCGCUUAUCUAUACCGUUCAUUAAUAUACGGCGGGCAUUCAUCGAACUCUAUGACAAAUGACCUCAGAGAAAUUUCGAAUUCCCUUAAAUAAACAGUACCCUUGGAAGCACAUUGACAUUUAAAACCCACACCGGCCGGUGUUCCUCCUACGACUAGAGCUUUCAUAAUCCAAGUAUAACAUCUCAAGCGAGCGACGCUGCCUGCUGUGUCGCAUACCCGGGUGCUCUCGCGCAUACUUUUGUCACCCAUGUUGACCUGUUGGACAUCGUUUUAUUAGACGAAGGACCACUCAACCCAUGUUAAACAUCGACCAUACCCUCCCUCGUAUUCUUUUCUUCUUUGUACCCCCAAAUUUGGAGCGUGGAUCAGAGCCUCCACACCGCGGUCUCAGAUUGCAAACCGUACUUCCAUCACACACUUCGUCGUACAGCAGGUUGUAGGUAACAACUCUAAAGUUCCCGAGUAAACUCCUGUAGUUUGUGUUCCGUUAAUAUAAUCCCGGAAUACCUGCUGACCUAAAGUAUUCUGAAUCUCUAUAAUUUUACUGGAGGUCAACAAGAAUCUGCACGUCGCAGGAGUUGUGAGUAAAAACUGCCUUAAGUUUCGCGGUCUUGCCACAUUAGACUAUCCCCUUUCCAAAUCCUUGUAUUAUCUCUCGACUGGGUGAACGUGAAUAAAUUUUUUAAAAAAAACUGUAAAAGCUAAUUAAAUCUGUUUUCCAAAUCAAAAUUUUGGGAAAUCUAUCGAGAUAUAUCCUUAGCAAAAACAAUUGAAAUUAGUGUAUUUCACUACUUUUUCGUGUAGAGUAGUUGUGUUUGCUAAGUGACUUGCGGGUUAUAACUAUUGUUAGAAUAAGGCUGGUGUUUACUUAACUAGCCCACUUCUAGGUUUUGAUUCAGCCCAAAUCACAAUCCCAACCCUAAAGCUAACCCUACUUACCUCACCCUUGCCUUAAGUCUAAUUCCUGACUUAACCCUAACACCAUCGCGUUAGUCUAACCCGUGAUACCGUCCGGCAGCCGGUCAGAACCUCCAACUAAUUAAGUGGAAAACGUAGCCAAAACCUUGACAGUCCGCAAUGAAGCCUUACGGAUGCGUUUAACAAGCAAAUUUGAUCGAAUUUCAUUGAAAGCUUUCUGGUCGGCGGUUAUACGUGGGUGAAAACGGCAGCAAUCAUUAUCGCCAUAUUUCACCCAAUCAAGGCAGUAAAAUUCGGCGACCCUGUCUCCAUUUUGAUCCCUUGCAUAUUCUGAAAGUCGUACACAGUUUAAGUACUGUUCCCUUCUCACUCAACCCGUGGUUUAACACCGGUGGCUAACGUGGGUUCUGUGCUGUUGUCUAAGAUUACACGUACUGGGAGUUCCAUAUCCCGUCAAUGUAGUAGGAAGCACUGGUGUCCAAGAGGAGCUGCGAAAGGCGGUCGUCUCACCCGCCUCUUGCGGUAAGAGUUCAUGAGUGUUUUUGUUAUACAAUAGAAAGUACUACAAUGGGAAGCUGCUGUGGCGUACUCUACAUUUAUGAUGGACGUCUUCAUAUAUGUAAGUGGACCAACUGGCAGAUGCCCUCUAGGGAACAAUUUACAAAUGGGGAGGUUAAGUGUCCAUGCUGAGGGCCGCUGUGUUAGUAUAUUGUAGAGCCUCGAUCACUUUUUUUCGGAAGCUUAAAGGAGGAGUACAUUCUGAAUCCACACCUUCGAAAUGAGUGAAGUCCAGAAACGCUCCUCUGGGCGGUUAGUUUUUAGCUCUCUAUAAGCUCGAAGGUGUUUUACGUUUUCCCUAAUGCAAAGUCCCAAAAGACCUAUUUGGAAGGACAAAGAGAGGCAUAUGGAUUCGGCUUUGAAAAAGUCGGAGGAAAUAUAUCGAUGCACUAAUUGACAGAAUCAGUGGCUCGCCAUCAGGACGUAGCCAAAGAAUCCAUUUGAGAUCCUACAGACGGCAAAAACUAGUCGGAUAGGAUUUGGCAAUCACCAGACGCUAUUCUUACUGCUGCGAGCUAUGAAGAAAUAUUUUCCGGGUGGAAAACAGGCAGACAUUUUCUAUCCGAGUGAUUUUCUUGGUUCUGUAGUCCGCGGUAAUGAAAAUCCCUUUUCAGUAAGCAGGCACCACGAACUAUCUUGUGUUUGAUUCACUGUCAUUGGAGUUAGUCGUGCUUCCUGGGCAUCAGGCCAGGGUCAUGAAGAUUAAGGACCGAUUCAAUGCCCAGGAGCAGUCUGAGGUAGUGUAUCGCAUCCCACGCCUAAACUGUCCUUGUAACCACAGGCCAAACUGAACACAGAUCGCGCAUACACGUACAUAAGGUAACUGUGCGACGGGAUGACGGAUUAUCCCAAGUUGCUGUCCGCACCUUCGAAACGGCUCACGAGCUUAAUUUCACAACCGCCAAGGUAAUCGCUCACCCCAAAAGCAAGACAAACCGAGAACUGAUUGAGAUCUGGGCCUUGAAUAAAAACUUAGUCGAUAGAUCUGGUGCCGACACAGAGCUCUGAUCAGUGACCCCCAGAUAGCGAUAAACUCCUUCACGAGUUCGGAAGUUCAGAAUGAUAAACAAAUUGUCCCAAUGCUCGGUCGGUCUUUCUUACUCAUAAGUGUCACCCCUACUUAAAAAUUUGUUUUCUGUAGAGUGCCAUAUCCUAACCACCUGUUCCCCUGAAUCAGCUUGUCAUUUUUCUGACCUUUGCGAUUCUCGUCUUUGCAGCAUGUACUCCUUGCUGAAUAUUUUUCGGGCACUACCCAAGACGACGAGUGUUGGAUACCUGAGCUGUAGCACCAAAGUCGGCUCAAUCCAGAGUAACAUUCGCGCCAAACUGACAGCCCUCUUCAAGGUAUCUUCUUAAACCACCGCCCAGGUUGAUCCCCUCAUACUUUAACUUCAGCCAAGCCACCUCGAGAUCAUCAACGACAGUAAACUGCAUUCUUCCAGCAAAGGUACGCACGUUGAUUACGUCAUUUCGUCUCUCCCGCCCCUCUCCCCUCCUUCGUCAAGGUGCUGAAACUCAUUUUCGCAUUUCAAUCGUGUCGCAAGACUUUGAGAAUUUGAGCCACGUGAUGGUAUGCCUGCUUCUUUUUUUCCCUAGAUCAUUUUUAUGGGGCAGCGACACAGACUAGUCAAAAAGGCUCUGCAGGACGAAUUUAAUUCGGGCCUACAUGCUUUGUCUAUUCAGGUGUGAACUCUGUCUGCUUCUAACUCAUUUACUUAAGGCGGUAGCACCCUCUGAGCGUCUGACCCCGGCCCCCUCGGUUCCCUGCAUCGGUCACACCAAGGAGGGAGGUGGUUUAAACUAG